GCAGUGCGCGGUGUGUGUGCAGAGACUCAAAACGGUUUGCGUGCAUUUCGGAGAGUUUUUUUUUUGUCGCUCGUACAGAAUUUGAUUACAGUUUAUUUAAAACAGUGCUGUUGAUGUGCGCACUUUUUUUUUCGUCGGUUUAUUUCUCGUUCGCAUGCUGUGUCAGUGUCUAUUUCAUUUGGGAAUAAGUUUUUGUUUUGCCAACGAUUUUAUUCAACAAUCGCGCGUUUGUUAACUCUCUCUAUCUUGCACACACUCGACAUCUAAGCUCAUUCCGAGUGACGGGGUUCUUUCUGAAAUUCUCUUGUGAUUUACAUUGUCGGUCAUUUUCAAAAAUGAGCACAACAUACAUUUUUGUUAUAAUAACAGCGAUCGCUGCAUUUUUCACAGUGAUGCCAACACUUACGUUUGCUGCUACUCUUGAGCGUCGUACCAAAUUUAUUAUUUAUGAUAAUAAAAACACCGAGGUGAUGGUUUCAACAUCGAGAGAUGACGUUUUGGAGGAUGCGCUUGCUGACUGUUGGCCAACAAAAAAAUAUGCAAUAAUUGUGCCUGGAUGGAGGGAAAGUUGCAAUACUUCAUGGACGAUAGAGUUGCGAGAAAAGUUAAUUGCGAAUCGAGGCGGAUGCAUCAUAUGCAUGGAUUAUCGUGACUAUAACGAAGACUAUGGGUUUUUGCUCGUUAAUUUUAAAACGAUCGCAAAUUUAUUGACCGACAAAUUGAAAGUAUUGAGAGAACUUGCUUUUGAUUCAUCAUCAUCGUAUUUAUUUGGUUUUAGUUUUGGGGCACGUUUAAUUGCAAAGGCUGCAACCGAUCUUGGAACUAAACAAAUCGGAACAAUUCAUUUGUGUGAGCCUGCGGGGCCAGGAUUCGAUGGUUUGAGAAAUGCCGAUCCAAAAAUGGCAGCUGUGCAUUCGCAAUGCAUCCAUACUGCCUCGGGGGGAUAUGGCACUCGUGAACGUACAUGUCAUCAAAACUGGAAUAUGGGUAAUUGUGGCGAAUCUCAAAUCGGUCAAAGGCCAUUUCCAUUGGGCAACCACGGAUUGUGUCCCGUUUUUUAUAUAAGUGCAUUUGAUAAUGUAUUUGCUGCCGUGAAAAAGACUGAGGCAUGCCAACAACCGAUUAAUGAACGAGAUGCAAUCAAUUUACCACAUAACCAAACCAUUCGAAUGGGCUAUUAUCAAAAUGUAUCGAGCAUGAUCGAUCUAAACGAAACAAAUUUGUAUGCUAUCACAAGCCGUGAUCCGCCAUUUAAUUAAAGGUCAACCCAAAAAAUAUUAUUCGUUCUAUCUCAUACUGCCAACUCAAAAUGACGUAUAAAUGUAACAAUAAAAUAAAAUGUCUGACAUUCGGGUGUCAAAUCCCAAACGUCUGUCUCUCCCAACUA